AGGCGUUGAGGUGAGACUGAGACCAGAAGAGACAACAACCCAUGCCGUCACUUUGACCUCCAUUCUGGAAUUGUCAAAAGAUACUGAAGCAGCGGGUGAGGCUUUCGUCUGGGGUGGCUUCGCCAUUUCCAAAUUCCAAGUGCUCUACCCUUUCUAUAGUCGCAGGAUCUUGAAGUGUCGACUGAAAUCCCGGGUAAGUGAGUAGUGGGAACACAUAUAUAUAGUCACUUACGCCCACAGAAGCUUGCUCCAUCCUCCGACGGCUAGUUGUCUCUGGCCGUGGUAUUCUGCUUGGAACUUCAAGCCAGGGUUUGUCAGUGAUGGAGGCAAAGGUAUUUAUGAUUGCUUGCCCAACCAUUCCAUCUCCAGCUUCAGUCCUCACAAGGACACAGUUAGCUCCUAAUCCCAAUCCUAGAGCAUUCAGAACGAAAUUUCAACAUCGAUCAGUGACGAGGAGAAACAAGAACAUGGAGGAGCAAGAUUUGUAUGGGCUUCCCAAAGAGUAUUACGACGAUGAAUGGCAAGCCCAACAAAGGGAAAAAACUAAGGAAUUGCAUCGGAGACGUCAAAAAGAGGAUGAAGAAGAGGAGAGAAAGGUUGAAGAAUACCGUGAAAUCGGUACAAGAUUAAUGGAAUAUCCUGAGGAAGAAGUCCGAAAAGCAAGGAUAUUGGUUGCAAGCUUCAUUAGAGCUGCUGAGGAAGUUGAAGAGAAAAUAGAGGAAGCUGCAGAAAAAGGUGAACUCACAGAACUUGUUCUAAAGGUCAUAUGGAACCGCCUGGAUCUAGCUCGACGUGAUGAAGAAAGGGAUGCCGUUAGAAGUCUAGACCUUUUGUACAGAAGGGUUGAGACAGAGAUUUUGAAACGGGAGGCUACUCCUGCGAUGACACUGCUUAAUGAUCUUUUGAAUCUGCAUGAUGGAUUUGAUGAUGAUGGAUGGAUGAAGCAGUGUAGAAAGCGCAUGCUUGAUACCUUUCCACAAGAGGAUCCAUUCAGUAUACUUGUUCCUGUGGGUUUUGACAUUGAUAGGCAUCAUGGCCAACUGCGACUGCCACCAGAGCCCGACAACGUGUUAUUGAGGGUGGACUUUGUCAGAGAGGUUGAUGCAUUGCUACAAGAGGUUCGAUCCGAACCAAGUUUAGAGCAGACAACACAAGGGCUUGAUCCAGAUUCUGUUGCAGGUAGGUUGAAGCAACAGGAGAGGCAAAGAACCAUACGCCAAGUAGAAGCCUUGUUAGACCUUGCAGUGACUUUGAAGUGGUAGUACUGCUUAAUUUGACUUCUGCCUGUUUCCUGGCAUAACUCAUAAAGCCAAGGAAAGUCCUAGAAGAUCAUGGCUUAGGAUUUGCUGGGGAAAAUUGUCUCAAGAUUGGAUAUCCAUUGACUAACACUGGUCGGGAUUUUCUGUUGUAGAAACUGAUAAUUGUGAACAAGAGCUGCUAUUACAGUAUUGGCUAGCUGAAACAUUUUCUGUAUCAUAGAUAGGGGAAAAGAUGUAUGCGCAUAUCUCUCUCCUCCAACUCCCCUUCCAAUCAUUCUCUUUCCUCAAUCUCUCUUGCCCCUUACUUGAACCGUAUCCCAAUUCCCAACCCCUUGGUUGGGCGUGUAGAUGCUAUUACAUGUGAGCAGUGUGCAGAUCCUCCACCACAUAGAUAAAUGUUGUUGGUCAUUAUUAUUAUACUUUUUUUUUUGGGGUGGGUGGGGGACAUGGUCUAAAUUAGUUUCAUGUCACAUUAGUCUCAUUUAAUCAAAUAUCUGCUUUUGUAUUUGCACACAUUCCAUGUUCUAUGCAUAUGUAUCAAUAAUAUUACUGAGUUUAAACGAAA